CGCAGUGCAGCCGCACAACUUAUUACUUACAGUUAUUACUAUUACUAUUGAGUAAAAUUAAUCAAUUAAUAACUGAAAUUAAAAACAUUAAAAAGCAAAAUGUUUGGUUUUUGCGUUGGCAUUUGCAAAUAUGAAGCACCACCUCCCGACUCUAUACUAUCUAUGCCGCCACCCCCUUUACCAUCAUUUCUAUUAGCAAAUGUUGCCUCUAUACCAGCACUUGUAUCAACAAAUGACACCAAUCCAUGCUAUGCGCCCUCAUUGUGUAAUCCCCGUCCGAAUCCUCACGAAGGUGAGGCUAUUGAAUUUGUCGAAUUGACCGGCGCCGAUUCAAAAGUAUUGGAGAAUACUUGGUUCUUGGGCUUGAUAUCGUGCACGGUUGGUAUAAUAAUAUUGGGUGGACUUUUGGCGAUCAUUUUGUUGAAGUGUAGAAAAACACUAUUUUCCAGCUGCAAUCUCUCCUAUCACGAUUCGAAUAUCAAGCAAAAUGGCAUGAAAUCUUUGGGCGAAUCUUCAAAUAAGGCAAAACCAUUUACAGCUGGCGGUAUAUUAUAUCCGGUUACUACGUCUAACAAUCGUGACACCUUGCAGACGCAAUUGGCUAAUGAUAGUCGCUUACUCUGGGCCACCUUAACUCCGCAUGGCACGCGUCACUUCAUUUCGGAUUAUCCGGUUGGAAAUGUUGUACAAGAUGGUCACUAUGAAAUUGUUGAUUAUCGUACUAAAGCGGUUACUCCUACUUAUCGCGACUAUGUAAAGCGUGUACCGGUAAAGUCCUUUGAUAAUAAUGGUUUCGUUGACUACGACUACGAAGAUCCCACACCACUAAUGGACUCAUAUCAUGACGAUUUAGAUUCUGGCUAUCAAGAACCCCAAGAAGUGCUGCAUACCUUACAACGUGUCUCUCCACGACCUGUAGUAUCGUCACCAACACGUAUUGAUAAUCCAAAUAUGGCGCCACUCAAUUAUUACCCAUCUUAUCGCUCUAACCAUCACCUAAACACCAACACAUUACAGUCGAAUCACUCGUCAGCUACUUUAAAUCGUAAAGCAACAAUGACUCGACGUAUAAGUGAUGCCUCAAAUUAUGGACAGGGUAGUGGUGGUAUGGCACAGUAAAGGGUUAUUAAUUAACUUACAGAACUAUGUUGUAGUGGGUUGAGGUGCAGUCUUGUAGGGAAGGUAAAGCAUUAAAAGAGGAAAUUGUAAAAGAAAGAGUUGAAAAGAUUAUUUCGUGGCUUCUGUUAGUAAAAAAACAAUGAUAGUUGUUAAUUAUUAUAACGGGUUAACACUCACUUAUAAUGUACAACGAAGCGCGAGGAAAGUUGAAAAGUGGACUGCAAUGUUGUAACAUGAUGGAGUGAAAAAAACUUUUUUAUUAUAUAAAAUUAAACAAAAAUGUAAUAAGCCAUAUUGACGCUCUGGGUCCUCUGCAACUUAAUGUAUUUUCAUAAUACAGGAGCAAAUCAAAAUUUCAUAGCAUUUUACUGUAUGCAAUGUGCAAAUUUCGAAAAAUAUAUAGAAAGUACGUUAUUUAUAUAAAUAGAUGUGCUAAUGUAUUAGCAGUAGUACAUUUAACAUAUGGAUAUAUCAUUUGGAAGCAAUAAUGUAAAAAGUGCGUAUUAAUACAAUGGCGCAAAUAUUACUGGAGCAAAAAUGCACUACUCGUCACUAUUGAACUCAAAUUUUGGUAAUCAGUAAUUUUAUUUAUUUUUACUUAAUUUGAGAUAUGAGAUGUUAUCUCAUUUGAUGUAGUGCUUAAAAUAUUAUAAUGGAAUAAUAAAAGGAAUACAACCGUUUUAGUACGUUAUGGAAAUAGUCCCGACAUUCAAAUUUGAUUGAGUAUGAUCUAUACUAACUUGCACUGGAUAAGAAUUUAUAAACAUGUCUCUUGGCAAAAUGACGGUCGCUAAUUCGGCUAGUCACUGUAUUAAAUAUAUUCUUAAAUAAUAUCGAUUGAACCCAUUUCAUAAGGUUGUUUUAAAAAAAUUCUAAUCAGAAAAUGUGUACCAAAAGUAUUUCCAGCUUUACUCUCCCCACUUUCGCUUUGAUUUCUUUUAGUUAUAUUAGCGAAAUGACGAUGAGUGCGUUAAGCUCUAAUAAUAAAUUAUAUUUAAUACUCUAAUAAUAAGAGCUUACUAUAAUGAUACAAAUUUCAUACCAACAUAAAGAUUAUUAGUUAAUAAAAUAUUUAAUGAAAAAAAAAUAAAUAAACCGGAAGUACACUAGAAGCAAACUGAAGCAUACGCUCUCAAAACUAAAUAAUUAUAAUGAAUUUAUAUAAUUAUACGCUUGCUGCAUAUUAUGUAUAAGUCAGUUUAUAAAUAAUCAAUAAAUACAUUGAUAUUAUGCUAUUUAUUAUUAUGGAAAUUAGUUAAGCAAAUACAUACAGCUCAAGAAAUUAAUACAAAUGUAACAAAUUAUUUAUCCACUGAAGAAAAACUAGCAACACCUGAAGUUAAACUAUAGAAACAAAUAAAAACAAAUUCAUUUUACAUUUUCAAAAAAAAGCCUAAUGUGUAUCAAGAAACGAUUUUAAUACCAAUUCAUACCAAUAUAUGCCGUAAAGUGGAAAGAAAUAAUAAAAGUUAUUCAUUGAAAGAAUUUUCAAUAAUCGAAUUGAUUAUAUAGUAAACUACACUAGUUUUAA